CCAACAUAACCUCUUAUUUGUCUUCCUUCAUUUCUCUUUGUUAUCACAUUUCAUAAGGCAAGUAUGGCAUACUACCAGCAGUAUGAGAGCCCAAGAUACCCAAACGACUGUGAUGGUGGGUGUGGCCAACAGCAGGACUAUGGUUAUAAUCAGUCUGAGUAUAACUGCAGUGAGCUACAGAGGCACCACAGCCUUCCACAGGGGCAGAUUGUGAGGGUUUGCUCUAAGGCCAAUCCUGAUUAUGCUUUGGGUAUCAGAGAUGGCAGGGCUAUGCUUGUUUACUACAAUCCCAGUGACCCAACUCAGCAAUGGGUAAAGGAUGAGACAUGGAGCAACCGUGUGAGGGACACUGUGGGUCAUCAAGCUUUUGGCCUUGUGAACAAAGCCACUGGGCAGUCCCUUCAUCAUGCCCCUGGUGCUUGUCAAGAGGUGUUGCUGACCAAGUAUGAGGGCGGUUCCUAUGAUGAGAGCGUGCUGUGGAGUGAGAGUGAGGACAUGGGAUAUGGGUACAGGACCAUAAGGAUGGCAAAUGACAUUGGCCUCAACUUGGAUGCAUUCCAAGGUGAUAGGAAGCAUGGAGGCAUCAGAGAAGGCACCAGAGCUGUGCUGUGGAAGUGGAACAAACAGGACAACCAACUCUGGAAGAUUUCCCCUUGCUAUUAGAAGAAUCAUCAUCCUGCAUGGGAUACAUAUAAACUAUAUUUAAGUAAAUAAGGAUCUUAAUGUUGUGGGUAUUCUUAAACUUGUGUGGUGGACAGUACUAUAUGUGGGUUGUAUGGAUUUACUUAUAUUAUACUAAAGUUCUAUACUUUAUGAUA